GGGGGAGCGACUGGCACAGCAGAACAAGCCUCUCAGCAGACAAUUGGACACAGGAAGCGAGGAAGGAAAGGGUCUUUCACCCGGAGGAAGACUGGCAAACUCAUUGGGAUUGUGACAAGACAGCCACACAGUCGCUGCAGAGACCAGCUCCAUUUUUUUCACUGCUUGGUUCAAUAUUCUUCACAUGUCACAGAGGACAAGGACACAGUGAGAAGGUCCACAGAAGGCCAGAAGAUGAACAGCAGCCUGACCAACAGCUCCACCAGGUGUGUCCGGGACACCAGCGUGACGGCGGUGGUGUUCCCCGUUCUCUACAGCCUCCUCUUCAUCGUCGCCCUCAUCCUCAACUCUCUGGCUGCAUGGAUCUUCUUCAGGAUCCCCAGCACCUCCACGUUUGUGGUCUUUCUAAAAAAUGUGGUGGUGGCGGACCUGCUGAUGACCCUGACCAUCCCUCUGAGGGUCCUCAGUGAUGCGGGCGUGGGCUCCUGGCAGCUAAGAGCCUUCCACUGCCGAUACUCUGCUGUUCUCUUCUACAUCACCAUGUACAUCAGCAUCAUCCUGCUGGGCCUCAUCAGCCUGGACCGCUACCUGAAGAUCGUCAGGCCGUUUGGUAAAUGUGCCCUGAUGCGUGUCCCGGUGGGCCAGAUGCUGAGUGCCGCCGUCUGGCUGGUCAUGUUGUCUCUGGCGCUGCCUAACGUCAUCCUGAGCGACCAGCCGCCUCGAGUCUCUGCAGGCAGACUGAAGUGCACCUCCAUGAAGAGCCGAGCCGGCCUGCUCUGGCACGAAGGCUUCAACUACUUCUGUCAGGUGGUUUUCUGGGGAACGCUGGCCCUGAUGGUGGUUUGCUACACGUUCAUCAGCAAGAAGGUUUAUGAGUCAUACAAAGCCUCAAAGAGCAGCUCUCACGCUGCCAGUCGCAGAACCAAAGCAAAGGUCUUUGUGGUCGUGGGGGUGUUUUUCAUCUGCUUCGCCCCGUUCCACUUCGCCCGCGUGCCCUACACUCUGACCCAGACCGGCGGCAUGGCCAGUCACUGCCGGGCGCAGAACGCUCUCUACGUCGCCAAGGAAACCACGCUGUGGCUGUCGGCCACCAACGUGUGCCUGGACCCGCUCAUCUACGUCUUCCUGUGCAAAGUGUUCAGGAGACGACUGACGGCUGCUCUCUGUAGAGGACCGCUCAAAGGAGCCAUGGACUCUCCCACCGCCACCUCCACCCAGCUGGAGAUGUCUCAGAUGGCCCACAGCAACAGACUGGCAUAUAGUGGGACGCCCCAGUAACAGACUGGCAUAUAGUGGGACGCCUCAGUAACAGACUGGCAUAUAGUGGGAUGCCCCAGUAACAGACUGGCAUAUAGUGGGAUGCCUCAGUAACAGACUGGCAUAUAGUGGGACGCCUCAGUAACAGACUGGACAAUAUACAUGAGGAAAUAAUAACUGUCAAGGCUCAAUCACACAACGACCUGCUGCCUGAACGUUUAUUCUAAGUGUAAAUAUCAUUUUAUCUCAAUGACAGCGGUUGUAAAAAGGUGAUCAGAGUCUGUUGAACGGACAGAAAAGGGUCAAACAUGUAUUCCCUUUGGUACAGUACUAACUAAGCACUUCUGUUUGCCAAGUCAUCCAACAUUUUCAUUUCCUUACUUGUGCUUACUGUCAUUUUCCACUUCCUUUUCUUCUCUAAUCUCAUUCAAACUGCACUUUCCCAUCACAAAAACUGGCAGACGGGUAAACAUCUUGACAGCAAAUAUUCUGAGAUGAUUACAGCCCUGCACUGUGGAGCAGGGACUGGAAGAUAACAGAAUUAGGCAGACUGCAAUCGACAGUGCUUACAGCUAUAACUUCUGUGCAAUAUACCCAUAUUAAUAUUAAUAAAAUUAAUAUAUUUCAUACUACAAUUGCACUGUGUUCAGAUUUAUGCUGGAAGUAUUUACAUGUGGUUGAU